AUGCUCUCAAGAAGGGCGUCUGGACGAAGCUUCUAUCACCUGGGGACGCCAGGAGCUGAGCUCAUGGGCAUCUUUCUCCUGAGUUCGAACUACCUGGCUUUCAUCCGUGCCGAGAAGGCCGGCAAGCUUCCUGGGCUGAAUGCCGAAUUGCAGAAGAGCCUUGGAUUCUUCCUCGGUGACGACCCGACGCGAGGGCAGGACGUUCGCUCCGCAUCCAUCCCGAAACCGCAUUGGUGGGAGCCUAUGCUGGCUGGGGACUUGGGGGAACUCGACGCGUGGCUGGAAGCUUGUCAUUCGGACCCCUUCACUCUCUUAGGCAUUCCGAAUCUGAGCGAGCUCACAAGGGAUGGACCCAGAGAGAUCCAGUCCCAGCUUGGCAACAAACAUUGCAGGGCACAUAAGCACCUUCGCGACAUCAUCAACUCACCCUCUUCGGUCCCAAGUCAGGUCACCUCUUCGCCGGGGACAUCAAACGGGGGGAAGCCGGUUCAGGAUGCCAUCGAGACAUCCCAGCUCAGAGGCAGCGUUUACUUCCCAAACGGUGCUUCUUGCAUUGACUGCGCCAGUCGUGAAGGAUAUAUCGAUCUUUUCUCAGGCUCUGGUGGAGUUCGACGCGAGCUGUGCAGGCUCACUGGAAGGUGGGUGAUCAGCUACGAUACUCUGCAGAACCAGCUUCAAAACUUGUUGGAUCCGAAGACUCAAGAUGAAGUGCUCAUGUUGAUUGACUCCGGCGUCGUCUUAGGCGUGGGGCUUCUCCUGGGAGCUCGAGUAUGUCUCGAGCUUUUUCUCCACCCUGGAGAUCGACUGCUAUGCCUCAAGGCCUUCCUGGGCUUACGCCGCAACAGCAGCAUAAAGUUGAUGAAGGCAAUCGGCUUGCCUCGCUGA